GCCAACCUGAAAAGAGUGAAAGGUUGUUUUGGUAACCGGAUCGAAACCCUGGUAUACGAAAACAUGGACGAGGCUCUUUUGAAUGCUACAGAGUUUUUAAAGAGGAUGGAGGCUCCUUUGAUGGAAUACCUUCGUAAUGCGUUAGAGCAGCGCAUGGCAUUCAAAUUUAAUAUUGAACUUUUCGCGGAGUUUAUAAAAAUAAUGGAUGAGGACAGUGAAAGUGUUGUGAGCAUCAAGUCUUUCAAUACCAAAAUGCAUGCAAUAUUAAGUGCUAAUGAGAUAGAGCCCGCGUUUAACAAUAUGACGGCUCAAAUAGUGGAAAAAAUGGAAGGGUUUCAGGAGAAGGACAGUGGAUGGGCUUUAUUGAGGUUAACGCAUUGCGAAUUAAACCUAAAUGAGUUCAAACCACUGCGGGGAACGAAUUUUAUUCCAUCCCCAAAGUAUAUAGCCCAAAAACGUGCAUGUGUGAAUGUAAGAAAUAAAGAUAUUUAUUGCUUCAAGUGGAGCAUCAUUUCUGCCCUAUACCCCGUGAACACUCACUUGGAAAAAACAUCAUCAUAUGAAAUCGAUGAUAUCACAGAUAGUGUAAUAGUGCUAAAAAAUGGACGAAUUAUAAACUUUUGGGGGCUUGAUUUCCCCCUUAAAGUGAAAGACAUUAGUGUGUUCGAGGAGCUGAAUCCAUCAAUCAGCAUCAAUUUAUUCGGGUAUGAUUCAGAAAUGAAAAAGAUUGUGGGUCCCUAUCACCUGUCGAAGGAGGAAAAGGUGCACCACAUCAACUUGCUGCUGCUGCAAUUUGGAGAAAAAAACCACUACAUUUGGAUUAAAGAUAUGUCAAGAUUAAUACGAGAGCAACAAACAUCGCACUGCUCAAAAAUAUUUAUAUGUAACAAAUGUCUUCAGCAUUUCUAUUCAACUGAAAAGCUGAAGAGUCAUGAAAACGAUUGCAGCAAAAUUGUCACGAAAAUGGUGUCCCCGGAGAAAUCAACGUUGGAGUAUAGACAUUUCGAGAGACAAAUAGAUGUGCCUUUUGUAGUCUAUGCAGAUUUCGAAUGUCUACUUCAAGAUAUUCAAAGUUGUCAGCCGGAUCCAGCAUCAGCGUCAACAACAACUCUUCAAGAGCAUAUACCGUAUAGGUUUAGAAUAUACAAGGGACCAGAUUCUCCUAAAAAAUUUAUUAAUUCGUUAGUAUCUGAUUUAAAAUGGUUCUAUAUAAAUCAUAUUCAGAAACCCAAAUCGUCAAAUACUUUGACUUUAGAUGAGGAAAAAACGCAAAGAGAAGCAACUCUAUGUUGCAUUUGGUAUGAUUGUCAUUUGUUUGUCAAGGAGCUGUCAAGCAUUGAUGGAGAUAUUUCAAUAAUACCCAUUAAUAAGGAACUAUUCAUGCAUAGCAGUCUUGAUGCACUCGUAAACAAUCUGGCUCAUAAAGAUUUGAAAACUGUUUCAGGGGUAUAUGGAGAUGGCGAAAAAUUCAGUCUUCUUACGCGAAAGGGUGUGUUUCCUUAUGAAUAUAUAAACUCUUGGGAUCGACUUAAUGAAACUUCUCUACCAUCUCGAGAGAAAUUUUUCAAUAAGAUGUCAAACACUGAGUGCAAAGAAGCAGAUUAUCAACAUGCGCUCAAUGUUUGGAAGCAAUUCAAUUGUGGUGUUAUGUGGGACUAUUUGGAGUUGUAUCUGAAAACAGAUGUUUUGCUUCUAACAGAUGUUUUUGAAAACUUUCGAAAUGUUUGUAAAAAUAUAUAUGGACUUGAUCCUUGUCAAUAUUAUACGACUCCUGGCUUAUCAUGGGAUGCCAUGCUUAAAAUUACAUCCAUAAAACUGGAGCUUCUCACAGAUAUCGAAAUGCAUCACUUUGUGAAAAGAGGAAUUAGGGGGGGUAUUACGCAAUGUUCGCAUCGCCAUUCAACUGCAAAUAAUAAAUAUAUGAAAAAUUAUAAAGAAGAGGAUCCUUCCAAAUAUUUAAUGUAUGUAGAUGCUAAUAAUCUAUACGGAUGGGCAAUGUCACAGCCGCUUCCCUAUGCUGAAUUCAAGUGGGUUGAAAAUAUAGUUGAUUUUGAUGUUUUGAAUAUUGCAGCAGAUUCGGAUAUUGGAUACAUAUUGGAAGUUGAUUUGGAGUAUCCAAUAUCAAAACAUGAUGAGCACAAUGAUUUGCCAUUAUGUCCAGAAAAUAAAAUCCCGCAUAAUUCGAAAACUAACAAACUGAUUGUGGAUUUAACAGACAAGCAAAAAUAUGUUAUCCACUAUCGGAAUCUGCAGCAAUGCAUUCAAAAUGGUUUGAAACUGACUCGCAUCUACAGGAUUUUACAGUUUAAACAAUCCAGUUGGUUGAAGGAAUAUAUCGAUUUAAAUACCCAUUACAGGAAAAUGAGUAAAAAUCCUUUCGAGAAAAAUUUUUUCAAACUUUUGAAUAAUGCAGUUUAUGGCAAAACCAUGGAAAACGUUGACAAAAGAAAGGACGUAAAAAUUGUUACCGAUUGGGAGAGUCGAGGCAGACAUUCAGGCGCUCGAGUGCUUAUUUCAAAACCCAAUUUUCACAGCGCAGCUGUAUUUACACCAAACAUGGCAGCUAUUCAAAUGGAUAGAGUAUUUACUUGUUACGACAAACCAAUUUACUUGGGAUUUACUGUGCUUGAUCUAUCCAAACUGAAAAUGUAUGAUUUUCACUAUCAUUAUAUGAAACCUAAGUAUAAUGAUAAGCUCAUUCUAAAUUACAUGGAUACGGACAGUUUCAUUUACACUAUCGAAACGGAAGAUGUGUACAAAGAUAUUUUGUCUGAUAUUGAUACACAAUUUGAUACAUCAGAAUAUGCUAUCGAUAAUAUAUAUAAUAUUCCUCCAAAAAAUGCUAAAGUCUUGGGUUUGAUGAAAGAUAAGAAUAAUGGUAAGAUAAUGACAGAAUUUAUAGGAUUAAGAUCUAAAAUGUAUUCAUUUAGCGUAGAAAAUGACGGUUUUGUUAAAAAAGCCAAAGGAGUUAAGAAAAUAAUAAUGGAUGGUUUAAGUUUAGAUGAUUAUCGCGAUUGUCUAUUUAGAAAAAAAAUAUUUAGAGAAUGUAUUAAUAAAAUUGCAUUAAACUAUUUAGAUGAUAAGCGAUUCAUAAGAGAGGACGGGGUUAGAACAUAUGCUUGGGGACAUUUUAAUAUAAGAAUGGAUGCAAACUAG